AUGGAGGAGGACUUAUUCCAGCUCAGGCAGCUGCCGGUGGUGAAAUUUCGUCGCACGGGCGAGAGUGCAAGGUCAGAGGACGACACGGCUUCGGGAGAGCAUGAGGUCCAGAUCGAAGGGGUCCGCACGGGCCUACAGGCGGUCGAACUAGACGAUGGGGCAGCUGUGCCCAAGGAGUUUGCCAAUCCCACCGACGAUACUUUCAUGGUGGAAGAUGCGGUGGAAGCCAUUGGGUUUGGGAAAUUCCAAUGGAAGCUGUCCGUUCUCACCGGCUUGGCUUGGAUGGCCGACGCCAUGGAAAUGAUGAUCCUGAGCAUCCUCGCGCCCCAGCUGCACUGCGAGUGGCGGCUGCCCAGCUGGCAGGUGGCCUUGCUGACCUCGGUGGUCUUUAUCGGCAUGAUGUCCAGCUCCACCCUCUGGGGAAACAUCUCGGACCAGUACGGCAGGAAAACAGGGCUGAAGAUCAGCGUGCUCUGGACUCUGUACUACGGGAUCCUCAGUGCUUUCGCGCCCGUGUACAGCUGGAUCUUGGUGCUCCGGGGCCUGGUGGGCUUCGGGAUCGGAGGGGUCCCCCAGUCGGUGACGCUGUAUGCUGAGUUCCUUCCCAUGAAAGCCAGAGCCAAGUGUAUUUUGCUGAUCGAGGUGUUCUGGGCCAUCGGGACCGUGUUCGAGGUCGCCCUGGCGGUGUUCGUGAUGCCCAGCCUGGGCUGGCGAUGGCUGCUCCUCCUCUCGGCUGUCCCGCUCCUCAUCUUUGCCGUCCUGUGUUUUUGGCUGCCGGAGAGCGCAAGGUAUGAUGUGCUGUCGGGGAACCAGGAAAAGGCCAUCGCCACCCUAAAGAGGAUAGCGACGGAAAACGGCGCCCCCAUGCCGCUGGGGAAACUCAUCAUCUCCAGGCAGGAAGACCGAGGCAAACUGAGGGACCUCUUCACGCCCCAUUUUAGAUGGACAACCUUGUUGCUGUGGUUCAUAUGGUUUUCCAAUGCGUUUUCUUACUACGGAUUAGUCCUGCUCACCACGGAGCUCUUCCAGGCAGGAGACGUCUGCAGCAUUUCCAGCAGUAAGAAGGCAGUGGAGGCCAAGUGCAGCCUGGCCUGCGAGUACCUGAGUGAGGAGGAUUACAUGGACCUGCUGUGGACCACCCUCUCUGAGUUCCCAGGUGUCCUUGUGACUCUGUGGAUCAUCGACCGCCUGGGCCGCAAGAAGACCAUGGCGCUGUGCUUCGUCGUCUUCUCUCUGUGCAGCCUCCUGCUGUUUAUCUGUGUCGGCAGAACUAUGCUCACUCUGUUACUCUUCGUUGCAAGAGCGUUUAUUUCUGGAGGCUUCCAAGCGGCCUAUGUUUACACACCUGAGGUCUACCCCACGGCGACGCGAGCGCUGGGCCUGGGCACCUGCAGUGGCAUGGCAAGAGUGGGUGCCCUCAUCACUCCGUUCAUUGCUCAGGUGAUGUUGGAAUCCUCCGUGUACCUGUCGCUAGCGGUUUACAGCGGCUGCUGCCUCCUGGCUGCACUGGCCUCCUGCUUUUUGCCCAUCGAGACCAAGGGCCGCGGGCUGCAGGAAUCCAGCCACCGGGAGUGGGGCCAGGAGAUGGUGGGCCGAGGGACGCACGGCACGGGCGUCGCCAGGUCGAACUCGGGCUCUCAGGAGUAG